AUGGGCUCUCCCCCCGCUACCGAGAGCAUUGCAGCAGACUCAAAACUGCAGCCAUCUCCAGUUGACGCGCAGGGCAGGCACAGCGGAGGGCGUGGCGACCCAAGCAGCGGCAACUCCAGCAGCGGCUCCUUCCUCCACCUCAACAACUACACUGGGAACUCAGGCACGGCAGCCAGCACGCCCUUCCCCCCCGUCGAGCAUACCGGAGCCUUCGACGGUUCGGGAGUGGUCACCAUUGACCUCGAGAAUUCUGUGCAAGUCUUCAACACCAUCAAGCGCAAGGUGCAGAAGAGGAGCGGCCACCUCUACAUCGGCCUUGACCUCGAGUACUGCGCAAGCUCCGCCACUGACCUGGACCAUCGCCCGUUCUGCCCCAACGACUGGUAUGAGUACCUGAAGAAGUAUGUCAACGAAGGUGCGCUUGUCCAAAUUGGUCCUGCUCUAGCGUUCGAGGGUCCGGUACCAUCUCCUGUGGAGGCAUACCAGGUGAAUGUGCAUAUUGAUGUCCAAUCCGGUGGAUAUCACCCAUCUGCAGUCGAUUUCCUGGAGAGCCAGGGGCACAAGUUGGCAGAGUAUAGGGACAGGGGCGUGAUGCCAGAGUGGCUAUUUGCAGAUGUGCUUAGCCACUUGCCCUUCGGUGAUGAUUCUGUAACCUGGAUCACCUUUCAUGGAGACAGGGAUGUGGGGUUCCUUCUCAGGUUGCUUAUUGCCGGAGGCAGAGGAACAUUGCCCUCAGACAAGCUCACAUUUCUACAUGUGUUUCGUGACAAAUUUCCAUUGUUCUACGAUGUCAAGGUGCUUGCUCAGCUAGUGCAGCCAAGGUUUGCUGGCAAGCUAACCAAGUUGACAAAGUUGCUUGGUGUACAGAGGCAAGGAGAGGAACACUUUGCAGGGUCCGACGCUCUGCUGACACUUGGCUACUUCAACAAGAUUGUGGAGAUCUCGGCCAAGACUAACAUAGUGUCCAGAAUGGGUUUGCUAUCUGGUCUGGAGGAGCUAGAGCUUUCCAUGACUUGCGGGAAAUCAGUGAACGAUUCUGGCAUCAAUGUCUUAAAGGUUACGGCGCAUAACUACGAUGAGGAGGCAGCACGGAUCUCUGACCUUGUGGGGAACAAUUUUCAGUUCGUCGCAAUGCAGGUACUCUUACCAGCGUCUCAAGACAUCCUAGGUACCUCUGCUGGAGCUCAGUCCAGCUAUGAGAGAGUGAAGAAAGUGCUGGAUAGUGUUGACAGGUUUGAUCUGCUCAUAGCGUUCAUGAACGCUGAAGGGGUCUUGGGGCAUGGGCGGGUGUGGCAAUUCAGCUUCAAUCUGAGGCUGGAUGGUGCUGAUCAAGAUGCAUACGUGUGUCCCCGUCGGCUGGCUUGCGUUUUAGCUUCUUCUGGAGUGACCCACCGCCCCAAUACGGUCUGGGUCACAGUACAUGGGGCGUAUGGCAUUGCCUGCCUUCUCAAGGCUUUUCUUUCCCCAGUUGACCUUCCUCACGCCUACAGAGAUUUUAUCAUCAGCCGUGCUGCUUGUUUUCCAUGCCUUUAUGACAUUGGCUUGCUUGCCAAUUCAGCACGAGACUUGGCGCUUCUGCCUACAGGAUGUAACGGUGGACUGGGCCACAUAUCCAGUGCGCUUGGUGUCCUCGAGGAUCCCUGUGAGGUGGUAACUCUCCUACGAACCUUCAAUGCAUUCCAAGCAAGACCAGAUUUCCAGAGCUUUGUGCCCGGUGGGCUCAUGGAGCGAUGCUGCCCUGCAUGCCUGAACAUGCAGUGACUGACCUUAUGCUUACGCCUACAAUACCCCUGGUGUUGCAGUUCUGGUGCCCAUGCUGUA